CAGCGACUGGGACCGGCACCGAGAGCGGUAUCCGGCGAACUGGGACUCGGGCACGGCCUAAUUUCUUGCCAAGGGACUGUUCCCUAGCACCGCUGUCGCUCCCGCUGCCCGCUCGGGCCCGCUCGGCUGUGACGGGGCGCGGGGCAGGUCGGGAAGGGCGCGGUGCAGGCUGGGAGUGCCCCGGCACUCAGCGCACGGGCGGCGGUACCGAUAGCAGCACCGGCACCGGCGGGAUGUGGUACGAGAUCCUGCCCGGCAUGGCCAUCAUGGGCGUCUGCCUCAGCAUCCCCGGCAUCGCCACCGUCUUCAUGCACCGCUUGUGCCACGGCGGCAAGGAGAAGAGGAUCGCCCGCUAUCCCUACGAGUGGACCCUGAUGGAAAGGGACCGGCGGCUAUCGGGUGUCAGCAAGCACUAUGUGUCCAAGGGUCUGGAGAACAUCGACUAAGGUGUCAACGCUUUGAAAAAUUAAUAAUAAAUAAAUAAAGCUAUACAUGUGUUCA